GAGAAAGUGAGAGAGAGAGAGAGAGAGAGAGAGAGAGAGAGAGAGAGUGAGAGAGAGCUGAGCAGUAGCGCGGAAUCCGCCUGAACAACCUCAACAUCCAGCUCCAGUCCGAUUGUGGAGGAGGCAUCACAGGCCAGCCCCAGCGAACCAGGGCCCCGCCGGCGUGGAGAAGCCGGAGAUGGGCUCCCCGUGAAUCUGAGCGGUGGAGGGGAGAGGAGGGCAGAUUGGGGGGUGGGGGGGACGACAACGACGAGAGACUGGUGGGAAAAACACCCAGAAGGAGGACAGACAAAAGCACAACCGAGGGUGCCUGCAACCAUGAGCGGCAUGCGCUUCUCGCCGCCGCUGCCGCUGAGCUGCGCGCGGACCAUGUCGUGAGGUGUGGCUCGGAAACGCUCCGGGGAACCUGUCAGCCGAAACGACACGCCGAGGAGGAGGGGGCGGCGGCGGCGGUGGUGGGGUGGUGGUGGUGGUCAAAAAGAUGUCCGCCUCGGUGGGGCCCCAAGGCGGCCCUCGCCCACCCACCGUGCCACCAACCAUGCCGGAUCUGCCGGACCUUAGCCACCUCACCGAGGAGGAGAGGAAGAUUAUCAUGGCAGUGAUGGCUCGGCAAAAGGAGGAAGAGGAGAAAGAACAAGCCAUGCUAAAGACACUGCACCAGCAGUUUGAGAGUUACAAGCAGGAGGUGCGUCGCAUCGGGGCCGAGACGCAGCGUCAACAGACCCAGCAGAAGGACGAUGCACCCACCUGUGGUAUCUGCCACAAAACCAAGUUUGCAGAUGGCUGCGGCCACCUCUGCUCCUACUGCCAGACCAAAUUCUGUGCUCGCUGUGGAGGGCGGGUCUCUCUGCGCUCCAACAAUGAGGAAAAAGUGUGUCUCAUAGUAAAGGAGAGGGUGAUGUGGGUAUGCAACCUGUGCCGUAAGCAACAGGAGAUUCUCACCAAAUCAGGAGAAUGGUUUUCGGGGUCAGGGGUGCGGCCCGGGAGCCUGGGCACCUCUUUGAACAACCCAGCCACGAGAGGUGAGGCCCAACGAGACAGGAAGCUGCUCCGCUCCAGGUCCCAAGCCCCGACCUCCAGCACCAACGCAGGGUCUACGGACGGGACGCAGCUACCCGCUGGGGUCACCGCUACCAAGGGUGGUGACAUCAUGCCAGGCUCUCGCUCACAAAGCGAACCACCGAGAGAAAAGAAAAGGCCAGUUUCCCUCCAUGAACAGAAUGGUAGAGGGGUCGCAGGACGUGGCAGCGGCCGCAGACCUGCAGGCAAACUGCAGUCUCAGUCAUCCCUGGAUGAGCGCAUGGGUCCCGGAGACAGAGGAGAAAGAAGGUUGGGAGAUGGACGGCGGCUGGAGAAGAUCCAUUCUCAGGACUAUGAAGAUGGAGAGGAAAACCUUGGACAUCCAGAGAUGCACCGGAGACGUCCGGGAGAAGAGGAGCUGAGGGAGAGACAGCGUCGUGAGGAGGAGUUCCAGAACCGUUACAGGAGUGAUCCCAACCUGGCCAGAUAUCCAGUGAAACCGCAGAAAGAGGAGCAGGAGAUGCGCAUGCACGCUAAGGUGUCCAAGGUGCGGCACGAGAGGCGACACAGUGAUCUUGCGAUCAAUGAGGUUGGGCUGGAGCCAGGAGAAGGAGGGGGAGUCAGUGCAGGCGAGGUGCCUGAAAAUCGUCUGUCCAGGAGGAGCGGAGGUGCAGAGGGAGACCACAAGGCCCUCCUGGACAAACACCGAGCCUAUUCUGUGGAUAGGACCGUGGGAGUGGGAGGUGGGGUAGUACCUGCCACAGGUGGAGGGAGAUCAGGGCCGCAGCCAGGGGGAUCUGUGGCUCCUGACAGGGGCUCAAACAAUGGACGCCUGGAGCCCAGUACAACAUGGACACCAAGAGACAAAGGUGGGGAUAACCUGCAGAGGAAGGACUCUCAGGGCUCGGACCAGUCCGAGGCUUUACGGCCGCCCCCUCCGCGGACAUACAAGAGCAAGCGUGGAGUCAACAAGAGGCAGAUGUCCAUCAGCAGCUCAGAGGAGGACGGCUCCACGCCUGAGUACACCAGCUGUGACGACGUGGACAUGGAAAGCGUCAGCGAGAAAGAUCCUACUGUAUGGCAUCAUCCAGUUUCAUGGCAGCCGUCUAAAGAGGGCGACCAUAUGAUCGGACGCAUCACAUUAAGCAAGAGGUCAGCCUUGCCUCGCGAGGCUGGGUCCCUCCUGGGCCUAAAGGUGGUAGGAGGAAAGAUGACAGAGACAGGAAGACUUGGGGCCUUCAUCACUAAAGUUAAGAAAGGCAGCCUGGCAGAUGUUGUGGGACACCUACGUGCAGGUGAUGAGGUGUUGCAGUGGAAUGGAAAGUCGUUGCCGGGAGCAACCAAGAAAGAAGUUUACAACAUCAUUCUUGAGUCCAAGGCUGAGCCUCAAGUCGAGAUUGUUGUUUCGAGGCCAAUCGGCUCAAACAGAAUAAUGUCCAAAAACUUCUUGAGAAAAGUGUAUAGAGGACAUCAAGAUAUUCCCAGAAUCCCAGGGUCCCCCCAUCCUCCUCUGGAAUCCACAGGCUCCAGCUCCUUUGAAUCGCAGAAGAUGGACCGUCCCUCAAUAUCAGUGAUGUCCCCUACCAGCCCCGGGACCCUUCGAGACCUUCCUCUGGUGCUGCCUGGACAGCUUUCGGUGAAGCUCUGGUACGACAAAGUGGGUCAUCAGUUGAUCGUCAACGUCCUUCAAGCCAAAGACCUUCCGCCCCGACCAGAUGGUCGACCUCGGAACCCAUAUGUUAAAAUGUACUUCCUGCCAGAUCGGAGCGAUAAAAGUAAAAGACGGACUAAAACAGUUAAAAAGAGCGCUGAGCCCAAGUGGAACCAGACCUUCUUAUAUUCUCACGUUCACCGCCGGGACUUCAGAGAGCGCAUGCUAGAGAUCACAGUGUGGGAUCAGCCCAGAGUCCAGGAAGAGGAGAGUGAAUUCCUGGGGGAGAUCCUGAUCGAGCUGGAGACGGCCUUGUUAGAUGACAUUCCUCACUGGUAUAAACUCCAGGCGCAUGACGUGUCCUCCAUACCUCUGCCACAGCCCUCUCCAUACCUCCCACGCAGACACGUCCACAGUGACAGUCCCAGCAAGAAACUGCAAAGGUCUCAACGAAUCAUUGAUACAGAAUUUGAUGAUGGUUUAAUAGUUGUGAAUAAAGGUGCAGAGCGGAACUCGCGCGAGAGAGAGCGGGGAAGUACUUUGGCUGUGCCCGAGCAGCAGCGACCCAUCCAGCACCGCUCACGCUCAGUGUCUCCUUACAGAAAGGACUCCUGCAGGGCUCGCUCUCGACCUGCACAUGUGCCCAUGCAAAGGAGUUUGGAUGAGAUCCACCAGAACCGCAACCACUCCCCUUCACACUACCACGAGUCCCAUUUGGAGCAUCAGCGCUCUGGUGACUCCGACUACGAGUACUCUGAGGACAGUGAGGUCCCGGAGAUGAACAGAUCUAUUCGUGGCGGGAGUGCUGAGUGCCUGCACACCAACAGCUCCACCCUCCCUGCAUGCUUAAAGAACACGCCACCCCACAGGCAGGAGGGGAAUGGCCCCUUGCCUCGUAGCAUCCUUACGCACCGUGUGCUCAGGUUCACAGAUGAGGUCACGGUUAGCGACCUGCAGCCGUCGUUGGACAGAGUGAGGAGUGCCAGCACCACAUGUCUGAGGCCAGACAACAGCUUUCACUCCCAUGACAGAGACAGGUGCUCCAACUCUUUGCCCCACAAGAUUCCCCCAAGUCCCAGGAUCUUAGUAGAACAUGUGGCCCCUGAGGAAGACAGGCAGUGUGGCAAUUCAUCCAGCCCAAACUGUCUAUGGGACAACAGAAAAAGCCUGGAGGGAGACAGUCGAAUCCAGCCCACCUCUAUCCUGAGGGGCAGUAGAGGGAGAGGGGGCCCCCUGAGGCCGUUUGGCGAGACAGUGCUCUCAGGGUCCUGUCCUAACUCACCACGCCUGGACAGAGCACACCCUCAUGGCAGCUCCUCUCCACCAACGGGGACUCCCUCUUCAGGUCGCAGGGGUCGGCAGCUGCCGCAGCUCCCUGCAAAAAGCAGCAGCAUAGAGCAAGCCCUCGCUGUAGAGGAGCGAGCCCGGCAGCUGCAGAAGACGGCACAUUCCUACCGGCCUUCAGCAUCCCACGAGCCAGGGAUGGACCUCAAGACCAAGCGGGAGAUGUAUGCAGAACAGCGGCGAAGCAGUGACAACAUGUCAGCCAGAUCGUCAGACAGCGAUAUGAGCGAUGCGUCGGCUCUCUCCCGUGCCAGCAGUGCCUCUCGCCUCAGUAGCAACAGCUACAAGUCCAUCCAGUCAGAAUGCCCCGGGCGACGGGUCAGUCGGCAGGUCCGGUCGAUGAGUCGCAGCAUGCUGAAGAGCUCCAGCGUGAGUGGAGAGAUCUACACGCAGGAGCGCACCGAUGGUAGCCAAUCAGACACCGCGCUGGGCACGGUGGGCGGCGGCAGCAAGAAGAGACGUUCCAGUCUAAGUGCACGGGUGGUGGCCAUCGUCGGCAACCGUCGCAGCCACAGCACCUCACAGAUCAGUGGUCCCGAAGGAAAGAGUAAGAAGGAGAAGGGUGCCCCCAUCCAGAGGAGCACAGAGACUGGCAUGGCCGUGGAACUGACCCGGAACAUGAGCCGCCAGCCCAGCAGAGAGUCCAACAACGGCAGCAUGAACAGCUGCAACUCUGAGGGAAAUUUGAUCUUCUCCGGAGUGAAUCUGGGUGCCAGCAGCCAGUUCAGUGACUUCCUGGAUGGACUGGGACCAGCUCAGUUAGUCGGCAGACAAACACUGGCUACUCCUGCCAUAGGAGACAUCCAGAUUGGUAUGAUGGAGAAAAAGGGCCAGCUGGAGGUGGAGGUCAUCAGAGCUCGUGGACUCGUACAAAAGCCUGGAUCCAAAUCUCUCCCUGCUCCAUACGUCAAAGUCUACCUGCUGAAUAAUGGAGCGUACGUAGCCAAAAAGAAAACCAAGAUUGCACGGAAAACGCUUGACCCUCUGUACCAGCAAGCACUGCUGUUUGAGGAGAGCCCGCAGGGUAAAGUCCUACAGGUAAUUGUCUGGGGAGACUACGGCCGCAUGGACCAUAAAAGCUUCAUGGGAGUUGCACAAAUCUUGCUGGAGGAGUUGGACUUAUCAAGCACAGUCAUCGGCUGGUACAAGUUGUUCCCACCAUCCUCCUUGGUGGACCCGACACUUGCCUCCCUGACACGGAGAGCUUCCCAGUCGUCUCUUGACAGCUCAUCUGGACCACCUGGGGUCCGAUCUUAGUGGACCAACGGCUCUACACCGCUUGGUGAAGGAGAGAGGAAAAAAAAUCAAGAAGAAGAUAAAAAGUGGCAGAAAAGUAGAGCAAAAGCAAUCAGAAAUAGUCACAAUGAGAAAGCUUUGUUGAAAUUUGACAAUCACUCCUGCCGCAGUUUUUGUCGGUUGUAGGGAGCGUCGCGUUUCAGUGUUUCAUUCCAUUCAAAGAAAAAUCUCAUAGUUUUUCUCUGUGUGCUGAAGAGACAUCGGGGCUGUCAAGAGGCAGCUGCUCUCUGGCCGGAAAGCCACGACUAUGAGUGAAGCAGGGUGGUUUUUAACGGAAUCAACUUAGCAAAGAAAUGUAUGUACGCAUCGGAAUGUACGGCCUCGAGACAGAGGUACACCCCUCCACGCCUGCAGGUGGCGCAGUCCUCUCUGCAGUAGCAUCCUCCAGAAGCCCAACAGACCGCCGACGCACCUGUCCCUUCCUUUAGGGGUAGGGUGGUCCCCACAUGGGAAUUCAGACUGGAAGCACAGGGCCUUCUUCUGGUGCCUAAACCCUGGAGCCACAUCACUGGUCCCUCUCUCUGCGGGAAGAUCCUGUUUUUGACAUGUUUACCACGGCUGCUCCGAGGCCGUUUCCUUUUAAACGUGUUUGCUUUGUCGUUCAUUUCUUUCCUUCGUUACUGCAGGCACAAAAUGUUUUUACAGUGCGUGAAAUGCUCAUAAUAAUGUUGUCAGUCUGGUGUGUGCAUGGAGAGAAAAAACUAAACACAAGAUUUUAAAAAAAGGCUAUUAAAAAUACUAAAUGUCUACAAGUGUUCUGCAAGGAGGGACUGGUGAUGACAAAUCCUAGAUUUUUAUGCCUGAAGGUGAGAUUAGCGUUUUACUCGUUCCACUUUGUAAAGAUGUAUAUUAGGCCUCCCAAGAGGUUGACCAAUAAUUCCAGUUUAUGUCACUUUUAAAUGUCACAAGGAAAAGAAUAAAAAAAGGAGACCAAGGUCUAAUUUUUCACAUUUUUGAGGGAGUGCCUUCCCUCAACCCCCAGCACGUUUAGAGUUUUUAUUCAAACCUUAGUUUCACUGUUUUUUGUUUUUUUUUAUGUAAACACGAGCACAAGAGCUUGAUUUUUUUACAAUAAAAAGUUUAACUUUUUGAAAAAACACUUGAUAAAAAAAAAAAAAAAAAAAAAGAAAGAAAAAAGCAACGAUCCCAUCACUGGUUCACUUGGGUUCUUCAACUUGACGUUCCAGACAACCGAAAAGAAGAAUCACUUAGUUUCCUCAUCCAUCCAUGUGAAUGUGAAAGUCGGGACGCCAACGCUCAUCCUCCGUUCAGGCCGCAGACUCCUCCCACCACCACGGGGAGGGGGCGCGGCCAGCAUGACUUUGGAACCCAUUCCAAACUGCAUGCACAUUUUUUUGUAAAACUGAUUCAGAAAUAAAAGAAGAUGCAGAACUAGAUGCGUGUGUUAGUUCCACAUACUGUAGGGCCGCUUGUAUGUUGCAUGCAGUUGUACAGUUUGCUCGUACUUGAAUAUUAAAGAGAUGAAAUCCAAGAAGCCAUUUCCCCUCCAAUGCAAAGACAUUUGAACUCGAGCUGCAGUCUGUUCCACGUCCUUCAGUCCAGUGCUGAAUGUCUGUCAAACUGAACCCCAGAUUAUGCUGAUGUCUCUCCUCCACCCUUCCAGAAGAUGUACUGUACUGAGCGGACCUCACAGCCCUUCUUACAGUUAUUCCACAUCAUAGUUUACCUCCAAAAUGGCUGAGAUGCUGUGGAAGUAAAUAAAUCAGAUCCAGCUGUAGGAAGAAUUUGUUCCAACAUAACAAUAUUCUAACGCAAGUUAAUAACAACAAUAGACGCAGAUGCACAGAGAAUCAUACACUGUAAAUACUCAACAGUUCAUUACUGCAAAAGGGGCCAUGGCUGAACUUGAUUAGGGACCACACGAUGGGAUGUCGGGGCCACAAACGCAUCAUUUACCCUUGCUCCAACAGUCUGAACACAACGGGCCACGUUAAGUCCCACUACACGACAGUUUUCUUUCCAUCGUCCGGUGAAGUCGGUCUCUCUCUUUUUUUUUUUUUUUUUUUUUUUUUUUUUUCUUUUUCUAAGUCAGUAUUAACAGGAGGAAAAAAAAUGUCACUGAUUGUUUACAAACUUCUGUGUUCCACUAAAACAACGAUAACAUUUGUAUAGCAGAUGUGGCUCAAAUGAUGUGUAUGUUUUAUAUAUAUAUAU